AGACAAGGCAACUUGUGGUUGUGGUUUAAUUAUUUCCGUCUAAUUGCAUCUUGUUUCUUUUUCAGUCUAAACCAAAUGAUUCACCCAAUUCACGAAGCUAAUGAAAGCUGCCCAUAUGGAGACCUCACAAGAGAGGAGUUCUACCAGAAGCAUCAGAUUCUCCAUCAGGAGGGCUUUAUGUUGAACAGUCGAAAAAUGAGAAUCUUCACUCAAUCAUGGCGACUGAAUUCAACACACAAUCUGAGAGGGGUAGUAGCAAUGGUUCAUGGCUAUGCAUCCGACAGCGGCUGGCUAACCGAGCUCACUGCAGUAGCCAUUACCAAAUGUGGAUUCUUAGUGUGUGCACUUGAUCUACAAGGCCACGGUUUAUCUGAUGGAUUUCCAGGCCAUAUCCCCAGUAUCAAACACGUCAUCCAGGACUGCAUUCACUUCUUUGAUUCUGUAAAACAGGAGUAUCGCAAGUUGCCAGCAUUUUUGUAUGGCGAAUCACUAGGAGGUGCUGUUUCUAUUCUGAUAUGCUUGAAGCAAAAGAAUGAAUGGGAUGGUUUGAUUUUGAAUGGUGCAAUGUGCGGCGUCUCAGCCAAGUUCAAGCCUGCAUGGCCCUUAGAAAAGCUACUUCCUGUGGCUGCAUUCCUCGCACCAACAUGGACAGUAGCGGCUGCAAAACCUGUUGCUAGCAAAUCAUACAAGGAGGAAUGGAAGAGAAGGCUGGCAGCAAAAAACCCGAAUCGACGAGCCUCAGGAAAGCCACCAGCGGCGACUGCUUUGGAAUUUCUGAGGGUGUGCGAGUAUAUUAGACGGCACAGCCAGGAGCUACAGGUUCCGAUGCUAAUGGUGCAUGGCGAAGAUGAUAAGGUAUGUGAUUGUAGGUCCGCUCGGUUAGCGUAUGAAUCAGCUUCCAGUCAAGACAAAACAUUGAAGAUCUUUCCUGGAAUGGAUCAUAUGUUGAUCGGUGAAGGCAAGGACAAUGUGGAUCUUGUUUUUGGCACGAUUUUAGCCUGGCUGGGAGAGCGAGCAGACCAGAUCAGACCGGUCUAAAUUUAUUUGCCAGACCUAUUAUUUUUAUUUUUAUACUUAUCUUGCUAUUAUUCUAA